CGGCCGCUCGGCCGCCCUCACUCCGCGCUCCUCGCCGGGCCGCGCCGGGCGAUGCCGUGCGGGCAGCCCGACAGCGGGGCCGCCCUGGCGCAGUACGUGCUGGGAGUGGACGUGGGCAGCACGGUGGUGAAGUGCCACGUCUACGACGGGACGGCCGCCGUCAGGGGCUCCAGCUGCAGGAAGGUGGAAUCACUUUAUCCUCAUCCUGGAUGGGUUGAAUUAAGUCCUGAAGUGCUAUGGAGUCAAUUUGUUGGUGUAAUAAAAGAGGCUGUACAAGCUGCAGGACUUCACAUGAGGCAAAUUGCUGGUCUUGGCAUCUCCGCACAGAGAGGAACUUUCAUUACAUGGCACAAGAGGACUGGGAAACCUUUUCAUAACUUUAUAAGUUGGCAAGACUUAAGAAGCACUCAACUUGUGAAUUCCUGGAAUAAGUCCCUUCUGCUAAAGGUAAUCCAUGUUAUUUUUACAGUGCUUCAUUUCUUGACUGGGAAUGAUCGAUAUUUGGCACCCAGUUUUCUUACUUUUUCRACACAUCAAACUUCUAUGAAGUUGUCAUGGGUUUUUAAAAACAUACAUGAGGCGGAAGAAGCUGCCAGAAGAAACAAUUGCUGCUUUGGAACAGUUGACACAUGGUUACUGUAUAGAUUGACUAAAGGUUCUGUGUAUGCCACAGAUUACUCAAAUGCCAGUUCUACAGGCAUUUUUGAACCCUUUACGAAAUGUUGGAGUUCCACUUUGUGUAAUCUGCUUUCUAUUCCGAUGUCUGUUUUUCCACCAGUGAAAGACACAAGCUUCAACUUUGGAUCAACUGACUCUGAAAUAUUCGGUGUACCUAUUCCAAUAAUGUCAGUGGUAGCUGAUCAGCAGUCAGCWAUGUUUGGAGAAUGCUGCUUUCACCCAGGAGAUGUUAAACUGACAAUGGGAACAGGUGGUUUCUGGAAUGUGAAUACUGGAGAGCAUCUCUUUGCAUCACGGGGAAGUCUUUAUCCACUGAUUGGUUGGAAGAUUGGGGAAGAAGUUGUUUACUUAACUGAAGGCUCUAUAUCGGACAUUGGCACUGCCAUAAAGUGGGCUCAGGAYAUAGAACUUUUCACCAAUGUAAAUGAAACAGCAAAAAUGGCACAGAGUGUUGCUGAUUCUCAAGGUGUUUGUUUCAUUCCAGGUUUUCAGGUUUCUGGGGAUGACCCAUAUUUAUGUGCCUCUUUCAUGGGGCUGAAACCUUCCACUAACAGRAACCAUCUUGUUCGAGCUAUACUGGAAUCUGUAGCUUUCAGAAACAAACGGCUUUAUGAUAUCAUUGUGAAGAAGGUGCACAUUCCUCUUCAAACUAUUCGAGCUGAUGGAGGUGUCAGUAAUAAUGAUUUUGUCAUGCAGAUGACAUCAGAUUUAAUUAAUAAGAAAAUAGAAAAACCUGCAAAUGCAGACAUGUCUAGUCUUGGUGCAGCUUUUCUAGCAGGCCUUGCUUCAGGAUUUUGGACUGACAAAGAACAACUAAAGAACUUAAGGCGAAUAGAAGCAGUAUUUGAGCCCCAAAAGGAUUCAGAGGAAUACAGACCGGCUAUGGAUGCCUGGCUACAAGCAAUGAAACACUCUCUGCACUGGUAGAAACUGGCAUUUUAAUUUUAGAAGAAUUGAGACUGUUUAAUUCAUGUUUUAUAACAUCUUGACAUUUACAGAACAGUAAAAAACCGUAACUGAAAUUUGUGAUGUUGUUAUAAGUUGUGUGGUAUUUCAGUUACCCCCCUGCUGCUGGAUUACAUAGCAUACUGUAAUGAACCUUCCCAUCAUCCCUGUGGCAGCUGUGGUCCAGCUGCAGCAUUUGUGUCCCUUCAGUGACCUCCUUUGGGUGGCCCAGCUGCUCAAAUCCUACCAUGUACUGCACAUGAGCUCUUUUAACUCUGAUGGSUUUUCUACUGAGGAACUCUCCUCCCUUCGGAUCUUUAAAAUCUCUGGUAUGUUAAUCAUCAAGGAAGGGUAAAAGGCACAUUUACUCCCCUAGGCAUUGCUAAGAAASAUAAAAUGAUUGUUGGGGGUGGGUUGUGAUGAUCUCAGUUGCAUACAAAGACAUCUUUUGGUAGUAGCCUGUUGCCACCUUUUGGUUGAUGGUAAGCGCUGUGAUCACAUUUUUUCUCCACUAGAUUAAGAUGAAAUACAAAAGUAAAUAGGCUUUCAACACUCCAUUUAAAAAAUCCAGGAUUUUUGUAGCUGAUACUUUGUAACUAGCUUGCAGCUCAAUUAAAAAAAAAAAACAA